GUCGACACAACUUCAAUGUCCCGGGAGCAACUCGAAGCCUUCGCGAUGCGACUUCGCAACGAAAUGGAGCGCGAACGUGAGGAACGGAAUUUUUUCCAGUUGGAACGCGAUAAACUCCGUACUUUUUGGGAAAUCACGCGAAAUCAACUCGAUGAGGCUCGCACGACAAUUCGCAACAAGGAACGCGAAGUCGAGGAGGCUCAAGAACGCGCCGAUAUCGAGACGAAAAAUGUCAUGCAACAAAUGAAGCACUUGCAAUACGAGAAUCAGACGAAAAUCGGGGAGAUGCGUGCUGAAAUGAUGACUCAACUGAAAAUGGCGCAAGAAGAUCACACGUUGCAGGAACGCGAGUUGCUCGGUGAUAAGAGGGAAUUUCGAAGACAACUGCGGGAAAAGGAAGAAUGCAUCGAACUCGAGAUGCAAAAAUUAAAAAUGGAACAUAGCGAGCAGAUGAGUCGAGAACGCGAGAAAUUUCUGAAUGAGGCGCAAGAAAUGACGAAAAUUCACGAGCAACGCCUGCAAAAGUACAUGGAAGAGUCGGAAAUUCGGCAUCGCAUGGAGAUGUCGGAAGUGGAGGAACGAAAAAAUGCCCAAAUUUCAAAGUUAAUAAAGGAACAUGAGCAUUCCUUCGGCGAAAUUAAGCAAUAUUACAACGAUAUCACGACUAAUAACUUGCAAUUGAUUAGUACGAUGAAGGAUCAAAUGGACGAAUUGCGAAAACAGUCGGAGCGGAGCGAUAAAAAAGUGCAAGAAAUCAUGUAUCAGAACAAAAAACUCUCACAACCGUUGAAAGAGGCUCAAACUGAACUUCACGAACUAAAGAAACGUCAAGAGCAUCACGAUCGUGACAAAACAUCCCUCAGCCGCAUGAAAUCCCGUUACGAGAAGCUCCAGAAAAAUUUUGACGCCUUCAAAUGGGAGACAGAAGCCUUAAAAAUGCAUUGCGAGAAGCUAACUGAGGAGCGUGACCAGUUAAAAUCCCGUUUUGAGGAAGCUGCGUUGGAAUUACAACAAAAAACAGGUCUCCGCAACGCCUUGCUCGAACGAAAACUAGAAGUUCUGCAAAAAGAAACCGAACAACGUGAAGCAAUUUUAGGCGAAGUUCUUACUCUCGCAGGAAUGGAACCACAAACGUUGAGUUUGCGCAUCGAAAAACUCCUGGCACAGAAAAACGAGAAGAUCGAAGACUUGCGAUACGAAGUUGCCCGCAUGUCAAAAGCGUAUGACGACUUAUUGGCAACAUUUGAAUCGAAAAUGAUCCAACACGGGAUUCCAAUUGAAGAGAUACGCUUUCAAGUUGCGGGACCCGGAAGAAGUGGAAAACCUACGCCCGGCACUUUGGUGCCCAAAUUUCGCUAA